AUGGUCGAAGUUCUAUGCCUGGAUGACAUCGAUGAGAAUCGCCCUGUUUCCUUGUAUAGACAGGCAGAGAUCAGUGAUAGUCACUUAGAUUUUACGUUGAUGAAUCUAGAAAGCUAUCAUUACCCAGCCUAUACUUGCCGGGAUACGCCAUCAGGCCAUUUUAGAAAGUAUGCAAAAUAUCUCUCACGACGCGUUCCUACGUCCAAUGAGAGAAAACAUCUUUUUCUCCAUGGAAUCAACGCAACUCUGCAUGUGGAUUUUGCCAAAUCAAGCCGAUCGCACAAUGACUCGCGUGCCGGUCACACAACGCGAGCUGAUCAGAGCCAACAGGGCAACUUGCAGUGCAAAUACACAGCCGAUCACUGUGACGAAAUUGGACCACUCCGCGCUGAACUUGCCAUUGUAGAUCAGGAUGCCUAUCCAUAG